AUGAAUCUCAUUUCCAAUAAAACUUUUAAUUUAAUCUAUGAUGAGGCAAUGGAUGACGUACAAGCAUACUUAAAUAAGAAUAUAUCUACAGAGUACUCUGUGUCCAAUAGAGAGGAUGUUUCAAGCGAUAAAAAUUAUCCAAGAAGGGAUGACUUCAAACUUUCACGUAAUCGAAAGUAUGAUCAACAAUUCUUUUCGAUGUAUCAGUAUAGAUUAUCCACACUAAAGGAUGGAGUUGAUAAUAACGCUUUAGCGAAAUGGGGUGACGGAACUAGAAAGGUGGAUGGACAGGUGAUAAAAAAAAAAGAGAAGAUAUUGGAUAUCAGAGGUGGAGAAUUGUGUUGGGUUAGUGGAACAGUAUUUUCAGAUCUCAAGUACAAAUUAAAUAUCUUAGAAGACGUUGACGCUGGGAAGGACGAUGUUUUACCACCAUUCCCAAAGAGCUAUAUACGCGAUGAUGAAACAUGGACUGUUAUGAUAGAAGAUGAAUCAGGAAGGGCAAUACUCAAUAAUGAUGACUUUUUGAAAAAGAAUAUACUUGUAACUGGCUGCAUUGUUGCUGUGUUAGGAAUUGAAAUUCAGGCUGGCAUAUUUGAGAUUUUUGACAUAGUUUACCCAGUUCCAGCGCCCCAAAGACCCUUGUCUGCUUCCAAUAGGGUCAAAGGAAAAGUUGCCUUGAUAUCUGGUCUCAAUAUUGAUAAUAAUAUUACGAAUGAUUUGAAAUUGGAGCUUUUGAAACAAUAUUUGGCGGGAGAACUAGGCCUGGAUGAAGAAAAACAAAGCGCUUCUCAGAUCGCAGACUUAAUCAUUGUUGGUAAUUCAGUACAGCCAAUUAAACAAGACGACAGUGACGAGACUUUCAUAUCCUCCAAUAAUUAUGGGUCCAAAAACAUAUCGAAAUUCAACCCAGAAUCGCUAACUAAAUUUCUGCACUUAAUAGAUGAUAUUUUAGCAUCCAUGCCCGUCACAAUCAUGCCUGGUGCAAGUGAUCCAGCCGAGAUCUGUUUGCCUCAGCAGCCAUUACACCGGGCAAUAUUUUCGAAGAGCCUGGACUUUUAUAAAAAUAGUAUCCUAAAGUUGGCAACAAACCCUAACUGGUUCGAUUUUGAAGGUGUGAGUUUACUUGGGACAUCAGGUCAGAAUAUAGAAGACAUUUUCAAGUAUUUACCUGAAGAUGUGAGAGAAGACCGUAAUCCAGCAGAUGUAAUGGAAGAUACGAUAAAAUGGCAAAAUAUUGCACCAACUGCUCCUGACACGCUCUAUUGUUAUCCUUAUGAAGGUACGGAUCCCUUUGUCUUGAGCAAAGAGCUUCCCCAUGUAUAUUUUGCUGGGAAUCAGACUACAUACAGCACAAAAGAAUUUAUCCACGAAGAUACCAGAAUACGAUUGAUAUCAAUUCCAGAGUUUAACGAAACUGGCCAGGUUGUGAUCUUAGAUCUAGAGUCUUUGACCCCAAGUCUUUUAACCAUUGCAGUAUAG